UCGUCUGUGUUUUUCAAUUCUCUUCUGUGUGUAUUUGGAGAAAGGAACAGUCAGUUUUCAACCUCCAAAACCUGUUCAUUUGCUUUUUCUUGCCUCUUAGUAGCCACAAUAAAUCUCAUUUCCUCAUCACAGAGUUUUCACUCUCGCUACUCAUAACCUCUUCAUCCAAAAACAUCUAUAAAAAUUCCUAGAUUUCCAUACAAACUCUUCAUGGCACUGUUAAUUUCCUGCUGCUUGAAGAAUUUUCACUAAGGAAAAAGCAUGUGCAACAUCCUUGACCCAAUUAUGGACAACUAUCAAGGUGAUUUGAGUGACAUAAUUCGUGCUAGUGGUGCAUCAUAUGGCAGUUGCAGCAUGGGAACUUCAUCAUCUAAAGCUUGUGCUCCUUUUUCUCUCGAUCACUGGCAGUUCUCUUCCGUUUUGGAAGGGUUUGAUGGUAACUUUGGUGAUCCAUUCUCAAACACGAGAGAUCCCUUUCUACACCAGCUUGAAUUGCCUGUUUGCUUUAACAGCACAAGUUCUGCAGAAAUUAGCAGUUCUGGGGCAUUGGAAGAAGCAACUUUUUUUGGUGGUGGGGUUGCUGCUAGUAGUAGUAGUAGUAGAAACAGUUGUGUUUUGAAAGAAACGAUUUUUGAGGAUGAUGACACGAGAAGGCCUUGUAAUAGCAUAUUGGCAAACAUGAUUCAGAUCUCUCCCCCCAAUGAUAAGCUACCCAUGUCGCCAUUGGUGGAAUCUUUGUCAAGGGCACUCAAGCCUUCUGGUGUGGUUUUAGGUGAUACCAUGAUUAAUGUGAAGACUUCUGAAGAUGAUUGCUUGGUGGGUAACAACAACACAAAAGAAAUGCAGAUCUCACCUCCACGGAAUCCAUGUCUUAAGAGAAGGAAGAGUCUGGCAAAGAAAUCUAUUUGUGUGCCUGCACCAGCUGCACCGAAUAGCAGACAGAGUGGCGAGGUAGUCCCUUCUGAUCUGUGGGCUUGGAGAAAAUAUGGUCAGAAACCCAUUAAAGGAUCUCCAUAUCCAAGGGGUUACUAUAGAUGCAGCAGCUCAAAGGGUUGUCCUGCAAGAAAACAAGUUGAGAGAAGCAGAACAGAUCCAAACCUGUUGGUCAUUACUUACACGUCAGAGCACAACCAUCCAUGGCCAACACACAGAAAUGCUCUAGCUGGUUCUUCUCGAUCUCAACCUUCAUCAAAAGGCAACAACUUUGGUGCUUCAAAGAAUGAAGAAACCAGUCCCCAAAACAAUGAAGAGCAGCACGAGGAGAGCAACAGUGAUAGCAAUAAUGUGAAUAACAGUGCUUGUGUUCAGGAAGAUGGAGAAUUCAGUGACAUUGGACUCCCUUAUAAGCCAAUAUCCAAUAUGAAGAGCUACCAACAACAAAAACAGCUUGAUCAGGGUUUGUUUGCAGAGUUUGGAGAAAUAGAAAAAGCUCACUCAUUAAACCUAAUGUCUCCACCACAAGGUUUUGAUGAUCACCAAAUGAAAUCCAACGCUUUAGAUUCAUUCCAUAUCUUUGACUGGAGCGCUGAUAACAGCACCGAGUUCCACCUCAUUUGAAGCAUCUAAUUGGAGAAGGUUAUAUAUAUAAAUAUAAAGAACUUGAAUGGGAAGCAUGCAGCACCUUCCUCACAAAAACCUUUUAAUAGGUGCAGGUCAUCAUCGGAUUUCAAAUAUGUCAUGUGGGGGAGAUUUGAGAUCACAAAACCACUUUUCUUGUUUCUAGUUUUUUUUUUUUUUUUCUUUUCUCUUUACCUGUCAUUUCGCAUAGCAGUGAGGGAGGAAAAUUAGUGGAAGAAAAAUGGGAUUGUAUAUGUGGGAGUGCUGCUUGAUGGGAAGCACACAGAAGGAGUCCCACGUUCCCUUUGGAAUAUUGGUGGAUGGGACAGAAAGCUGAGGAACAGAAGAUUUUAACAGUCAAAACAAUUUCUAGAGACUUUAUUCAUUCAAAAUCACACUCAGUAGGUUAAUGAUUAAAGGAUGAGAGCCUAGUCCUUUCAUCUUUUGCAAGUGGGAAAAAUUAUUUUAGGCCUCACCCUUCAUCAUGUGGCUUGUUCUUCAAAAGGGU